UCCCUGCUCUGGCCCCGCUUCCGCUCGGUCUCCCGGCAACGCCGCGGCCCCGCCCCCGCCAUGGCGCCCGAGGAGAGCGCGGGGACUGCGCGGCUGCUGCGGAACUUCGAGCGCCACUUCCUGGCGGCGCGCGCGCUGCGCUCCUUCCCCUGGCAGAGCCUAGAAGAGAAACUAAGGAACUCAUCGGAUUCCGAGCUGCUGCUGGGGAUUUUGCAGAAGACUGUGAAACAUCCUCUGUGUGUGAAGCACCCGCCAGCAGUGAAGUAUGCCCGGUGCUUUCUCUCCGAGCUCAUCAAAAAGCACGAGGCUGUCCACCCAGAGCCUUUGGAUGAGCUGUACGAGGCGCUGGCAGAGGUCCUGACCGCCAGCGAGUCCACCCAAGGCCACCGGAGCUAUCUGCUGCCUUCGGGGGACUCGGUCACACUCUCUGAGAGCACAGCCAUCGUCUCCCACGGCACCACCGGCCUGGUCACGUGGGACGCAGCCCUCUACCUCGCGGAAUGGGCCAUAGAGAACCCAGCAGCCUUCACUGACAGGACUGUCCUAGAGCUCGGCAGUGGAGCUGGCCUCACAGGCCUGGCCAUCUGCAAGACAUGCCGUCCCAGAGCCUACAUCUUCAGUGACUGUCACAGCCGUGUCCUCAAGCAGCUCCGAGGGAACGUCCUUCUCAAUGGCUUAUCGUUAGAGCCAGACAUCACUGCCAACUCAGAGAGCCCCAGGGUGACAGUGGCCCAUCUGGACUGGGACGUCGUGACGGUCCCUCAGCUGUCCGCCUUCCACCCAGACGUCGUAAUCGCAGCAGAUGUGCUGUACUGCCCGGAAAUCAUCCUGUCGCUGGUCGGGGUCCUGCGGAGGCUGUCCGCUUGCCAGAGGGACCGGCGUGCUCCUGACGUCUACGUUGCCUUCACCGUCCGCAACCCAGACACGUGCCGGCUGUUCACCACUGAGCUAGGCCGGGCCGGGAUCCGGUGGGAAGCGGUACCUCCCCACGGCCGGCAGCUGUUUCCUUACGAGGAGCACUCAGAGAUGGCGAUUUUGCAACUUGUGCUAUAGACCUCGUACAGGCUUCUGAAGAUUAUUGUGAAAAGUAAAUCACUACUGUGAGAAUUUCUGUGGGAAAGCAGAUAAAACUUUCACUGGGGCCAGGUGCAGUGGCUCAUGCAUGUCAUCCUAGCACUGUGGGAGACCAAGGUGGGAUGACUGCUUAAAACCAGGAAUUUGAGACCAGCCUGGGCAACAUAGUGAGACCCCAUCAGUACAAAAAAUGGGAAAAUGUACCAGUUGUGGUGCCGCUCGCCUGCCGUCCCAGCUACUCUGGAGGCUGAGCCCAGGGGCUGGAGGCUGCAAGGAGUGACAGUUGCGCCACUGCACUCCAGCCCGGGUGACCAAGACCAUGCAAGACCAUGUCUCAAAAAAAACAUAAACAGAAAACUUGCACUGGACUUGAAUGUUUGAAGAAUGUUAAAUCACAGACCACACUGUGUUGUAGUAAGAUAGAAACUGUUGACCUGUGGGGGCGCCCCUGUCAGCAGUUCUGGUUCUUACGCAAAUCACCAUAAAUCAGGAGUGAAACUUUGGGCUCAAAGGCAAGCAUUUCCUUUGUGCACAUAACGUGCAUCGAGUACGACGUCCCCCAGCCUGGACACGGAGUUCCUCAGGAAGCCGAGCCCAGCGUAGGCGCAACACACCUCACUGCACCUACAGCGGGCAGGUGCCGCUCCCAGGGCAGGAGCACGACAGAGGCAGAGCGGGGAAGGGCAGACGCUGGGGACGACAGCACAGCACAGAGGGACACUCAGAGUCCCAGCAAGUAAGAGAAACGUAAUCCACGGGACAGGAGCACAGAACAGGAUAGAAAAAGAGGACGCGCCUCGGAGCCCCCAAGGAAGCCAGGACGGACCAUGGCUUCCAGGACACUACUCCCGGCUGCUAGAGCUUUAUUCACGUUUGGGCCUCAGACCACCGGGAGGCACUGCUCGGGAGGGCUUGCCCAGGUGGGGAGAAGGGCCGGGGGAUACUGGGCUGUAGUCUCUGGCCCUGGAGCUCACGUGUCCAUAAGCAAAGGGAGCACAGUCCGCCUCCAGCUCUCAUCCCAGCGAAGCCACUCUGACUCCCGGAGGUUCUUCCGGAACUGGCUGAGUUUGCCAGCGGGAUCAGGAAACUUUGAGAAAAGCAUCUACAAACGAUCAAAUACCAGAACUUACCUCACUGUUCCUCCCCAUCCCAGCCCAGGUGACUGCCUAGCUGACCCCAGGUCCCCGACCCAGCAACGUCCCCUCCAACGUGCCCACUUCCUCACUGGGCACCCAAGCCCUCACACCCUGGCAAUGCUCCGUCUCCUACUUGACGACAAAUUUUCUGGAAACAUCCCUGCAUGUCGGGCUCUCCCACACUCAAAGCCCUGGGGCACCUCCUGGCCUCUGUGUUCCUUCCCCUGGGAGCACCUCCUCUCAGCCUCUGGCCUGCACAGUCCCACCCGUCUGCUGGGAAUGAGGUGGCAUCUAUGUUCCUUCCAGCCUUGCCAAACACUCUAAAUCAGGGGUUGGCACUCAGCCUGCAGGCCAAACCCGGCCGGCCCACCACCUAUCUUUGUGAAUAAAGUUUUAUUGGAACACA